UGUCGUAUGGUCACAAUGUGGGCAUCGAGAUGUUUGAUAGAGAACGGUUAUCCAUUGAAAGUAGAGAAUAGGUAAGAGGCUUGCUCUGAAAUAGGUGAUGCGAGCGAGUGUGGGCCUCGGUGAUUAUGUAACCGAGGUCACGUGACGGGUAGUGAGGCCACAGAUGGUUGAAGCCAUCACGACACACCCCCCCCAGACGCGUCUUCGUCUGGAAAAGCGCGCCGAACCACCCGCAUCGUUGGAAAUAGCGCUGCUGAAUGCAGAACUCUAACUAUUACCGUACAGAAAUCCAUUUACAAAAGGAAGUACAAAAUAAAUCGCUUUGCGCGCUGAGUUGUAGACGUAGGAAAAUGGGUAGUCGGUCAGCCUCUGAGUCGGAAUGGAGGCCUCUCGUUGGCCGAAUAAUCGACCGUCGGUCUGAGGCGGUCGCUGCCCAAGUUGAUUCCUCUCGACCGCCCACGGCUCUGACUUUUCCUCCCUCUACAACGCAGUCACACCAUACCACCAUGCCGCCUAGAAUGACCCGGGCUGAAAAGCGCGCUCGCACCGCCGCAGCGCGUGAGGCCAAGCGCCUCAAGACUCUGGGGGAGAGCGGCGGCUCCCCCAAUCCUGACGAGAAUCCCGCUUCGGGCGGUGACGGCCUUUUGGCCGAAGGAGAUACCCAGGAGGCGGGUGGAGGUGAGGGUGGUUCACAGCCCCCUCCCUCGCUCCCUGCUGGCGGGCGCGGAGUGGUUCCCCCGUACCCUCCCGGCACACCUGGUGCCGAGGAGCUUCUCGAGCGGGUGCCGCCUCCGUUCGGUUCUGCUUGUCUUGGGUGUAUCAAAAGCGCCCUUAGCGGCCGUUCGGAGGGCUGGUGCCUCCCGGGCUCGCGUGGAGGGCGGAAGUGUGCCCUCUGCCAGCGUAAUAAGAAGUCUGGCUGCGCUCCUAUUCCCAAGGGGCGUACACGUGAGCUCGGUGAGAAGUUCCUGCGCCUCAAGCGGGCGAGCAAGGAGACCCCGGUGACGCCGGUGAAAGACCUGACUCGCGUAACCGCAGCCUUGCGUGAGGCCCUUGAGAGCGACGGCCUCAUGGGUGAGGGUGGAGGUGAAGGGGCUCGUAUAGACGAGGCUUUGGUGAGAGAGGCGUCUAUGGGGGCUCUCUUUGUGCUGGAAGCUUCGUCCAAAGAGCCAGUUGAGGACGUGAAGGUGUCGGCUGCUUCGCUUGCGAAGGCAGACGGUAUCCGGAUCGGACUCGACGCCUUCAUUGGUGUCCACGUUCCUGCGAACGUGCGCCCCGCGUUAGUUGAUCUUCUGGAUCGCUACGCGUCUGCUCUCUCAGGCAAAUAG